CUUACCUCUCUCUCUUCCCCCAACUCCUUGCUUCAUCCUACUCCGUUAGUUGACUAUAUAUCACAAAAUGAGCAUCUUCGAGGCGAUCCAUGCCAUGGCAGACUAUCUACUGUCGUGGGUAAAGCUAGAUCGGAACGCUGAAGUUGGCUGGCGUUCGUUCAACCGCAAGGAAGGCAAAAUACAAAGAGAGCAGCAAUCUUUAUGGAAAAAACUAAAAUUGCUUCUUCUAUUCAAUCCUCUUACGGAGUGGAUUGACAACACACACCUCAUGCGCCUGUACCUGCAUGAAAAAUCAGAACAUGAAGGCAGAGAAGAGAGAGCACCAGCUUCUCGGAGACGGAUCAAGUCGUUCGUUGACGCAUAUGGAAUAGACAUGCGUGAAUUUGAGCCAUCCGAUACGGAUAGUUAUAAUACAUUUGAGGCCUUCUUUACUCGCAAACAUAAAUCGGGAUCGCGCCCAAUCUGCGACGUAAACGACCCGUCGCAUGCCGUAGUAGUCGCAGACUCGAGAGUGGUGGUCUAUGAUUGUCUCGCUGAUACGAAAACUCUAUGGAUUAAAGGCAAGAAUUUUAGUAUCGCUAACCUAGUUAUGGAUAUCGGACUCGGCGAGAACUUUAACGAUGCCGCUAUUGCAAGCUUUCGUUUAUCUCCCCAGGAUUAUCACCGGUACCACUCGCCGGUAGAAGGAGAGAUAAAAAGCUUCCAAGGCUUACCAGGAGAUUACUACCAAGUGGACCCAGUUGCAUUACAAAGCGAUGUGGAUAUAUUGACACGUAAUCGUCGAGAUUACAUUGUUAUAAAAACAAAAGACUUUGGGGAUGUUCUCUUCGUUGCAAUAGGUGCCACAGACGUGGGAAGCGUGCAGAUUCACAAAAGGUUCCACCAAGCUGGGGUGAAAAUUGCAAAAGGCGAAGAAUUGGGUGUUUUCCAGUUUGGCGGUUCGUCUAUUAUUGUGGCUUUCCAACAUGGAAGCAUCAAAUUCGACGAUGAUUUGUCAAGAUUGAGUCGAGAGAAGAUUCAGACGUCGGUGGAGGUUGGUAUGAGCCUAGGUUAUGCGUCGUGAGAAGUAUACAAACCUUCUCGAGAACGAGCGCAGAUGAAUGAAAAUCUGUAGCAAUGAUUGAGGCUUGGAGGUCGUGAACAUCUAGUAGUUUCCCUUAGGUUGUGGCAUUGCCAAUGGCAGUUAGGCCCGAGUUUUCUGGCUGAGACCUUCACAGAGCAGAGGCAUGACACAGGUAGAUGAAGGCACGAUGGAUUACAACAAAGGUCCUUCGUGUCAGUUUAUGCUCAACGAAC